CCGGAGCCUCACUUCCCACAGCCUCCAGUCUGAGACGGGAUCCUCCGGCGACCUGAGCCACACUCUUUACGCACGCCUCAGACCAGGUGAAAUCUGGUGUGGAAGAAACAAACCAACUCCUUCCGAUUCAUUUCUCACCGGGCUUAAAGGAAAGUCCGGUCUCGGUCGGGUUCACCUGGGAAUAUCGUUCUGGGAAAAAGAUCCAACCGAGCCGGAUCCAAGAGAAGCGCCUUAAGCGCUGCGUCCAGUUUGGCUGAAGGAGCUCAGAGGAGGAGAUCCAGCCGAACUUCAGGGACACAGAACCAACACAGAGGGAUGACCCGCUGAGGAGUUCGGGUUCAGCCCGGAAUGAACCGGGUCGGCGCUGCGCGGAGCCGUGCGUAAAAUCCGCCGCGCACCGGACAGGAAGUGAACUAAUUAUGAUCAAACCCUCAUUUCAAUAUCUGCUGUGAGCUGGAUGGACUGCAGCCAAUCACCCACCGCAGGGCAGCUGCAAUGAUCCCCCCUCCAUCAUAAUUACACUGACAUGCGCAAUCUGCACAUCAGCCGCCGAGCGCGCAGCCUAUUUCACCGACCCCGCUGCCCAUGACGGCUCCCAGUCUCCGCUCGUAGAUGGUCCGGCGGGAGGCGGCGAAGAGCUCAGCAUGUCCCGCCGAAAGCAAGCCAAGCCGCAGCAGCUCCGCUCAGAGGAAGAGGAGGCGGCGGAGGAGGAAGGGGCGAGCCGGAGCGCAGCGCGCUGCAGGACGGGAGCUGUUGGUGCAGCUGUGGAGGCCGAUGCAGGAUGCAGCAGCAGCAGUGAGGAAACACACGUCUGUGCCAGAUGUUCUGCUCAGUUCUUCUCUUGGGCUGAGCUGAACCAGCACCGCAGCGUCUGCACCGAGGAUCCCAUGGUGCUCAUCAUGAAGGACAGUCUUCCUGAGGAGCCUCCAGGCCGGCCCUCUCCGGUGCCCAGCGUAGCGUCCAGCGGCUCCUCUGCAGCUGAGUCCACAGACGGCCUCUUCGAGCUGACCAACGACAACGACAGUCUGGGUCCUUUAGAAGAAGGGAGGGAGUGGGACGAAGGGAUGGAGCUGGAGGCGUCCCCGUGCAGCGCUUCCAGCCCUCCGCCUCCAGAUUCCUCCGAUCCCGCGGCCUCUCCGGCGUCCGCGGCCUACAGGAUGCCGAGCACCAACGUUACGCUGGAGAUCCUCCACAGCACCAGGGUGGCCGUGGCCCAGUUCUCCCAGGGGGUCAGAAGCAGCGGCCUGGGCGGGACGGCAGCUUCAGCCGCCAUCCCGGUGAUCCUGGAGCACCUGCUGGCUCUGCAGCAGCAGCAGGUCCACCAGCUGCAGCUCAUCGAGCAGAUCUGCAGCCAGGUCGCUGUCAUGAACCGGCAGCCCACGCAGGCGGCAUCAAAGCCGGCGUCCAGGUCUGCGCCUCUGGCCUCCAACCCAGGACUCCUCCCUCCUCCCGUCCUGCCUCUGUCGGGAACGACGCCCUCCUCCGUUAACGGACAGGCGUCUUUGCCCUCUGUGCUGGAAAAGCCGCAGAGUGUCCCCUCUCAGACUUUCCGUGGACAGUCCACGUUCGCGCCGGCAGACAGCGCCACCUCGCCCCUCUCCACGCUGCCGCCUCCCUACAGCGCCUCAAACGGCUCCCUGCCACAGGCCGGCCUCCUCAGCUCUUCCUCCGGCCUGCCGUUUCUACCUCAGAGCCCCCCCAGCGGCGUCAUCUUCCCCAACCCCCUGGCCAGCAUCGCAGCCACGGCCAGCGCACUCGACCCGCUGGUGGCCCUGAUGAAGCAGCGCAAAGGCGCGUCUCUGUUUGACGCAAAGCCCGGCCCAGAGGAACCCUUCUUCAAGCACAAAUGUCGCUUCUGCGCCAAAGUGUUUGGCAGCGACAGCGCGCUGCAGAUCCACCUGCGCUCCCACACGGGGGAGCGGCCCUUCAAGUGCAACAUCUGCGGCAACCGCUUCUCCACCAAGGGCAACCUGAAGGUUCACUUCCAGAGGCACAAGGACAAGUAUCCUCACGUCCAGAUGAACCCGUUCCCUGUGCCGGAGUACCUGGACAAUGUGCCGACCAGCUCUGGCAUUCCCUACGGCAUGUCUGUCCCUCCAGAGAAACCCGUCUCCUCCUGGCUGGACACCAAGCCGGUUGUAGCAACGCUUCCUGCCACUGUGGCCCCGCCGCUUUCCUCCGCCGUUCCCAGGAUCGGAGGCUCUGACGACCCGGUGAGCGUGACGGCGUCGGUGAAGUCUCCCUACCAGGCGGCUCCUGGCGAAUGCGCGUCUGAUCCACCGGCCCACCGAGGCGGCGAGGCGGCUUUCCCUCCCGUUUCAGAGACCGACGCCUCCAAAAUACUGAAAACAGGCGAAGCGCAGCUGCCUCAGAGCUGCACGCUGUCACCCAGAGCCGACCCGGUCAACGAGCCGCCCAGCCGGGCCACCACACCAGAACCCAGCGCCUCCAGCUCCCCCAUCCUACCGUUCACAGACUCCCUGCAAACGUCUGAAACCUCCAAGCUGCAGCAGCUGGUGGAGAACAUCGACAAGAAGAUGGCAGACCCCAACCAGUGCGUGCUGUGCCACCGCGUCCUCAGCUGCCAGAGCGCGCUGCGCAUGCACUACCGCGUCCACACCGGCGAGAGGCCCUUCAAGUGCAAGCUGUGCGGCCGGGCCUUCAGCACCAAGGGGAACCUGAAGACCCACGUGGCCGUGCACCGAGAAAGCCCCCCCGCCCGGCUCCAGCACGCAUGCCCGAUCUGUGAGGAGAAGCUCAGCGACGCCGUGGCUCUGCAGCAGCACAUCCGUCUGCACAUGGUCGGCCGGAUCUCCGACGGAACCGACAGCUACGAGCGCCUCAGCAGCAACGAGCUGACAGGGGACGUCUCCAUGGAGGACGAGGAGGAGGACGAGGAGGAAGAAAACAUGGAGGACGACGUCAACCCGCCUCCAGACUGUGUGUCGUCAGGCGCAGCGGCUCUGCAGAGCCAGGUGAGGCUGACGGACACGUCAGCGGGUCUGAACCACGGCUUCUCUGUGAAACCCAGAGACAGCAGCCUGCUGGGCGCGGAGGAGCUCCUAGCAGAGAAAACUGUGGAGAGCAGCAGCAGAAACAGCCCCCAGGUGUCCGAGUCCUCCUGUUCUCCUAAUGCAGGAACAUCUCCUCUACAAAGCGUCUCUGAAGGCCUGGCCGUCAACACGCCGGACGGCCAGCAGCUUCUGGCUGCUUCGGUGAAGAGAGAGCAGCCCCAGUCUCCAACAUCAGCACAAGAUCCUGGCAAAGCCUUCAUGCAGGAGGAGAGUCCGUACAGCGUGUCCUUCCAGCUGACCCGGGACCGAGCUGCUGAUCAGAGCAUCUCCAGCCGGAUCUCCUGUUCUCCAUCCAGCUCCAUCAAAGCUGAAGUUACCGGGCAGGGUCCACUGAACGGCGUGAUGGAAGCGCAGCCGCCGCCGGCUCCGUUCAGCGUGCACGUCUCUGCGGCCUACCCGACCCCCGGCAGCCCCGGCGUCACCUCUCUGCUCGGCCCGGCGCUUCCCAGGCGGACGCCGAAGCAGCACAACUGCAACGCCUGCGGGAAGAACUUCUCUUCUGCCAGCGCCCUGCAGAUCCACGAGCGCACGCACACCGGAGAGAAGCCCUUCGUCUGCUCCGUCUGCGGGAGAGCGUUCACCACCAAGGGCAACCUGAAGGUCCACAUGGGGACCCACAUGUGGACCAACGCUCCUGCCAGGAGGGGCCGGCGGCUCUCCGUGGAGAACCCCAUGGCCCUGCUGGGUGGCGAGGCCCUGAAGUUCGGGGACGUGUUCCAGAAGGACCCGACGACGCGAGCCGUGAACGUGGACCCGGGGUUCUGGAACCGUUACGCCACGGCGAUCACCAACAGCCUGGCCAUGAAGACCAACGAGAUCUCUGUGAUCCAGAACAGGAGCCUCGCCCAGCUGCACCCCCUGAGCGUCAUGAGCGCCGCCGCGGGGCCCAUGGCCAGCCUGAGCAAGACCCGGAUGGACCUGGGACGCAACCGGCAUUUUUCCAUGCUGAUUGAUGACGGCAAAGAAAUCGGAAUCAAUUGAAAAUAAACUGAGCGCUGAAAUAAACUUCUUAUGCAAAUUAUUCUAAACGUUUAAAUAUUUGUAGAGCAUCUACGUUCAGGCGGUUCCUGAGAGUCUCUGCAGAGCUGCACACUGCUGCUGCAGCUGGCUGCACAAUAAACUCUGACACGAACUGCAAAACACGCGUUGUCCACGUUAUAAUGAGACGGCAGCAUUUUCACAAUCUGAACUGAAUAAAAACAUGAACUCAU